GGUUAUGUUAAUGAGGUGACUGAUAAGGGGCAUUUUAUGGGUUUUGUGGAUUGUUUUAUGGGUUUUAGAGGUGUGCCGUUUGCAGUUCAGUUCAGAUUGAUUCAGAAUUGGGUGUGUGAAUGGGUUUGGUUUAUGGGUUUAGGAUGCGGGCAGCGGGUAGAUAGGUAUAUUUGUUGGAAUCGAAUAAGAAGUGAGCAGGAGUGGCGAGAACAGAAAAUGACCCAGCUUAUGGCACAGCCACCACAUGCUCCUGAACUUAAUGAGGUUGGUGUUUAUUGCUGCUUGGCUUUGAGGUCUUAUUGGAGUUUAUUUCGAUGCACUGAUUCGGAGAGUGUCUCGGGUUAUUAUUUGCAUUUGGUUUCGGGUUAUUUUUCGGGUUACUGUUUCGAUUUCGGGUUAUCGUUAUCGUAG